AUGCCUCACUCCAUAUCCCCCGAGGGAAGCCAGACCGGGGCGGACGCAGCGACGGCGGCGCAACCAGCUCCGCCGACGAUCAACGACGUCAAACAGAGCUCGGACGAGGAUGUCGCUAUGGGAGAUGCAGAGACAGCGCCACCAAAGCAAGAAGAAUCCCAGGGCGAAGAGCAAACAAAAAAAGAGGUCAAGCUAGACGAUUUAUUCGCAGACGACGACUCGGAUGACGAGUUUCCUAGUUCGCGGCCGGUUGAAGAUACAAAACCGUCGAGUCCACCGGCUGCGCCAUCCUCUUCGUUCAACUUGCCAUCCGCCCUUCAUGCAUCAGACCCGGAGGUUAUGCGCAGUUUCUACCAACGACUAUUUCCUUGGAGAUAUCUGUUUCAAUGGCUGAAUCACAGCCCAAAUCCUACAAAUGACUUUGCGCAUCGAGAGUUCGCCUUUACUCUGCAGAACGAUGCGUACCUACGAUACCAAUCAUUCACAACAUCUGAUUUACUCCGCAAGGAUGUACUCCGCCUCAUGCCAUCCCGUUUUGAGAUUGGCCCAGUCUACAAUACGAACCCUCGCGAGAGAAAAACGCUGCGCAACUCGUCGGCUUUUAAACCAUUGGCCAAAGAGCUGUGCUUCGAUAUCGACUUGACAGACUAUGACGAUAUCCGGACCUGUUGUGACAAGGCAAACAUCUGCAAUAAAUGUUGGCAGUUCAUGACGAUGGCCAUUAAGACGGUCGAUGUGGCUCUGCGGGAUGACUUUGGAUUCAAGCACAUCAUGUGGGUGUACUCGGGUCGUCGUGGUGCUCACGCGUGGGUUUGCGACAAAAAGGCCCGCGUCAUGGAUGACCAAAAGCGAAGGGCCAUCGCGGGUUAUCUCGAGGUCAUCAGGGGUGGUGCCCAGAGUGGGAAGAAGGUCAACGUGCGCCGGCCACUGCAUCCCCAUCUUUCGAGGAGUCUCGAUAUCCUGAAAGGGCACUUCCAGGAAGAUGUCCUCCGCGCCCAGGACCCCUGGGAGUCGGACGAGCAGGCCGAGAAGCUACUCCAGCUUCUUCCCGACAGGACGCUCAACGACUCACUGCGUAAGAAAUGGGCCUCCUCCCCGGGGCGAUCCUCUUUGUUCAAAUGGGCCGACAUCGACACGGUGGCAAAGACGGGUGCGUCGCGCAACCUGGACGCCAAGGCCCUGCUAGAAGCCAAGCAGGACAUUGUGCUCGAGUACACAUACCCGCGCCUCGAUAUCGAGGUCAGCAAGAAGCUGAACCACUUGCUCAAGAGUCCCUUUGUGGUCCACCCGGGCACAGGCCGGGUAUGUGUGCCAAUCGACACAAAGAACCUUGAGGACUUCGACCCCCUGGGCGUACCUACCGUGCAGGAGCUGUUGGAGGAGAUUGACGCCUGGAAGCAGCCCGAGGUCAAGAAGGAGGAAGGUGAGGACCCAGUGGUGCAGAGGCCUGUGCAAGACUGGGAGAAGACGAGCCUCAAGCCCCAUAUUGAACAGUUUCGCGCUUUUGUUUCGGCGUUGAUGAAGGAUGAGCGUGACCCCAAGAUCAAGAGGGAAAGGGAGGAACCCGAGUCUAUGGAAUUCUGA